GAAGCUCCUCUCCGGGGGUCUUUUCUGCUCCUGUCACCGCCGUCCAGCCCACACACGGGACACAUCGACAGAGGGACAUGGAGGUGGCAGCAGCAGCAGCAGCCGCUUAGCGCAGCUCAGCAGCGGGGAAGGAGGACGGGACGCCGCGCUGCACCUGCCGAGGAACUGCUGAGCAAGCAGACAGGAGAGAAGAGAAGAGAGGAGAGGAGAGGAGAGUAGAAGAGGAACCAGUAGCUGCUUUUCACCAACUUUUUUCCCAACUUGUCUGCGGAGUUGUUGUUGUUGUGCGUAAUAGACGAGACCAUGCGUGCCAAAAAACACCAGGCGAGUUCACUCCCGUGUGCCAAUGUAGUUUGAGGAGUUUGGACAAAGUUUGUAAUAAGUGAGGUGACACUUCUCUGCUGAUUCUGAUCCGUACCCGGCUCGGUCCAGUCCGGCCCAGCUGAAUCAUGCCUCGCCCCGGGAGGAACACGUACAGCGACCAGAAGCCCCCGUACUCCUACAUCUCACUGACGGCCAUGGCCAUCCAGAGCUGCCCGGAGAAGAUGCUCCCGCUCAGCGAGAUUUACAAGUUCAUCAUGGACCGGUUCCCGUACUACCGGGAGAACACGCAGCGGUGGCAGAACUCCCUGCGCCACAACCUGUCAUUCAACGACUGCUUCAUCAAGAUCCCCCGCAGACCGGACCAGCCCGGCAAGGGCAGCUUCUGGGCUCUGCACCCGUCCUGCGGGGACAUGUUCGAGAAUGGGAGUUUUCUGCGGCGCAGGAAGCGCUUCAAGGUGGGCAGCAUGCAGGCCACGGACUCGCUGGCGCCCAGCAAGCCGCAGGACGCGGCGCACUACCUGCAGCAACAGGCCAAGCUGCGGCUGAGCGCUCUGCACGCCGCCGCGCACCUGCCACAGAUGCCGCCCGGAUACAACCUGAGCUCCGUGUCUCAGCCGUCCAGCUUCAAACACCCGUUCGCAAUCGAGAACAUCAUCGCUCGAGAGUACAAGAUGCCGGGCGGCCUGGCGGCCUUUUCCACCACCGGCUACCCACUGCACAACCAGCUGACCUCGGCCUGGCCUCACAUGUACGGCCACGGGGUGAUGGACACCACAGCUCCCAUCUCUAUGGCGACCGGCGACUACUCGCCCUAUGGCAUGCCGCUCAAAUCCAUCUGCCACGGUGGACAGACUCUGCCCGCCAUCCCGGUGCCCAUCAAACCCACGCCCACCUCAUUGCCGGGGCUGCACGGGAUGCCCACACACAUCCCGGCUUUUCUCGCGAACUCGCCCCAGUCUCUGAGCCCCACAUCCCCGCAGACAGCCAGCCCGGCCGCCCCGGGAGAGGCGCUGCCUUCCUCGGCCUCGCUGCAGUCCGUGGUGGCGGUUCACUGACCGCAGUCUAAACCCCCGUUCGUUUUAUAUUAAAAUACAUUUAAGAAAAAAGACUUUAAAGGGACAAAAACGACAAACUCCUUCACCUAAAAAGCAGCGUUUCGAAGGUGUGCGUAAUCAUUGUUUUAUUAUUAUUUUAGUGUUUGUUAGUUUUUCUGAAGAGAAAGUGAUGAAUCAUGGGCGCGUGAAGUUGCAGCAGGUUGAACUUCUGCUCGGCACAAAAGUCACAAAUAACGAUCAUUUGUAACAAAGUGAAGCGCGUUUGUUUUUUACCUCCUCACAUUCCCUCACUGGUGACAAAUGAUCCGGAAUCUUUUGUGUUUCGCAGCCUUUUCUCCUCAAACUCAAAGAAAUGUCGCAGAUUAAUGACUCUAUUUUUAUUCCCCCUCUCUUUGGCCUCUGCUCUUUCUUUUCCGCCACCGGAGCAAAUUAAGUUAAUUAAAAUAGAAUAUAUUAAUAAUAAACCCACACAUACAGACACUAAAAACACAACAGGCGAAAUGUUCAUUAAAAUGCAAACAUGUAUUUGGGGAAAAAAAAUCACCCAGUGUUUUUUUCUCUUAAUUCUUCUUUAUUAUUUCUUAAAAAUGUGGAUAUGAACAAUCAAAGAAAAUCUUCAAAUCAUUUGUCAGACUUUCUGCACAGUUAAAAAAAACACUGCAGGUAUUUGACCUAGAACGCAACACUCUACUGUCUCUAAUGCACUUUUUUAAAAAGAAAAAGAGGGAAAAAAAGAAAAUUAGAUAUGUUUUGUUUUCUUUCAGUGGUUGAAACUGUUAUUUUGAUUUAAAAAGCUUUUAUUUUGAAAGCUGUGGUGCUUCAUUGACCCGCCGUCGGUGUGUUCGUAUUUGCUGCUGCAUGCUCCAACUGUCUGAAAAAAAGAAACAUAUUUCAGUGAUUGUAUGUUUGUUUUUAGUUUAUUUUUUUAAUUUGGUUUUCUUCUCUUUUUUUUGGUCUGAAAGCAGAAAAAAAAGCAUGAACACGAACAACAGGCUUUUUCUUUAUUCUGUCUGCUCAUUCACACCCAUUAAAAACAAAAAUCCUGCUAUUAUUAA